AAAAUGAACGCCCCUCUGUGUGACUCUGUAUCGACCAUGUUUCAUCUGACAACAGACAACCAACUGAACUCUAGCUGCAAUGGCUCCCUGCCCUCUUCUAACUGGACAGCGGGGGACGAUGCUUUGCAGCUGCCCACCUUCACAACAGCAGCUAAAGUCAGAGUGGUCAUCACCUGCAUUCUCUGUGGCAUAUCCGCCUUUUGCAACCUGGCCUUGCUGUGGGCAGUGCACAGCGACGGGAAGCGCAAAUCCCACGUCAGGGUGUUGAUAAUCAAUCUGACGGUGGCCGAUCUGCUGGUGACCUUCAUCGUGAUGCCGCUGGACGCCGUGUGGAACAUCACAGUCCAGUGGCUGGCUGGAGACUUUGCUUGCAGGCUGCUGAUGUUUCUUAAGCUGCAGGCGAUGUACUCCUGCGCCUUUGUCACCGUGGUGAUCAGUCUGGAUAGGCAGUCAGCCAUCCUCAACCCUCUGGCUAUCAGUAAAGCCGGGAAGAGGAACAGAGUCAUGCUGAUGGUGGCGUGGGGCAUGAGUGUCGUGCUGUCUGUCCCUCAG